AUCAUUUAAACACAAUGUCUCUGCCUCUGAUUUCAUCAAUUCCCCCCAACUGUCAUGCAUUUGCUUUUCUCGUCAGUAACCUGAACGACUCACGAUCGUGCAUUCUCCUUAUCAGCUUCGGGACUUGAGAAAAGGUGUUAUACCUUCUUCUAUACUUUCCUUCAAGACAUAGUAGCCCCGCACGCCCUCUCUCUCUCUCUCUCAGGGCCAAGGUGUCUUCGUGAUCAACUCUCGCAGAUUCUAGCGACAGUGGUCGCCUGUCAGCACAAUGUCUGAGCAAGUCGUUUACCCGCCUCCUCCUAGCCAAGGACAUUCUUUCCCUCCUCCACCUAAUGGCGCCGCCUUCCAACCACCUCCCCAGGCCUCUCCGAGCUUUCCACCCCCAAAUUUCAGUUUUCCCCCGCCUCCCCAGCAGCCCAUACCUUCAAAUGACGAUAAAGAUGAUGUGUCUCCGAUCUCUCCAUCAAACGGCCCACCAACUCCGCCGAUGAGCGAGAAGGCAAUCUACGCUGCUCAGAAUGCAGGCUUGUUUUUCAACAACUCCGCUGUUCUCAAUCCCCCGGAAAAACAACCACCACCACCAGGACCAGGUCUUGUCCGGGCCCAGACAGACGCAGCGCUCGGAAGCAGAGUGGCUCCUAAGACCUUUGUAGGAGCGCAGUCGACCUACGCAGAUGAUGUAGGAACCUUCAAUGGCGGCAGUUACAGAAUAAGCCAUCGGGACACGAACACACUCCUAACCAUCCAGCUGGCAGUGGGAUGUCCGAUACAGGCGAGACCUGGGAUAAUGAUCGCAAUGUCUCCUUCGAUGUCCCUGCGAGGCUCGCUCUCGUUCGGUUGGAUGAAAGCCCUCGCAGGAGGUCAGUUGGCCCGAUCAACAUAUACCGGUCCCGGAGAAGUUUUGCUUGCGCCAUCUAUACUUGGAGAUGUUGCUAUUAUCCGUCUGGAUGGUGCAACAGAGUGGACCGUGGGAAAGGAUGCUUUCCUUGCCUGCACGACGGGUGUCAACAUCAAUUACAAGACUCAAGGACUCAUGAAGGGUGUAUUUUCCGGGGAAGGUUUCAUCGUGUUCAAGUUCACCGGCGCCGGAUUGGUAUGGAUGCAGAGCUUUGGAGCGAUCGUUAAGAAGGAACUCGCCGAGGAAGAAACAUACUUCGUGAACAACGGCCAUCUGGUAGCCUGGAACUGCAAAUACAAGAUCGAACGAGUCGCUUCUGGCGGUAUCAUCUCCAACUGGAGUGCCGGCGAGGGUCUUGCGUGUAGAUUCACGGGCCCUGGCACUGUAUUCAUGCAGACACGCAAUGUGUCUACCUUUGUCGCCCAUCUGAACGGCGUUAUCGCAAAGUCCUGAUGACACAUCCACCCUUGUUUUUUCUGGG